CCAUAAAUGUACACACAUGAAUCAUCAAAUUUAAUGCAUCGUUUUCCGUAGACUAUCACUUCUUCAUUACUUACCAUUUAUCUCUCUUGUGGCGGUCUAGAAAAUAUUACACAUCCUUGAUUAUUGGUUCAAUUCAACAUGCUGCUUGAUCUUCAACUAAGCUUAAGGGCCACACCAAAAUUGUUGGUUCUGUGUUUCUUCUUCGUCUUGGCGAAUUUCUUCUUAGCUGAGGCUAAAGUUAGACAUUACAAAUGGGAGGUGAAGUAUGAGUAUAAGUCCCCUGAUUGCUUUAAGAAGGUGGUUAUCACCAUCAAUGGAAGGACCCCAGGACCCACCAUCCAGGCACAGGAGGGUGACACUAUCAUUGUUGAAGUUAACAACAGUUUACUCACAGAAAACCUUGCCAUCCAUUGGCAUGGGAUCAGACAGAUUGGAACUCCUUGGUUUGAUGGAACAGAAGGUGUGACUCAAUGUCCCAUACUGCCUGGAGACACCUUUGUUUAUCAGUUUGUUGUUGACAGGCCUGGUACAUAUCUAUACCAUUCUCACUAUGGAAUGCAAAGGGAAGCAGGGCUAUAUGGUUUAAUCCGAGUGGCAUCUCGUGACCCUGAACCCUUCACUUAUGACCUUGAUCGAAGUAUUAUCCUGAAUGAUUGGUAUCACCAUAGCACUUAUGAACAAGCUGCUGGAUUGUCUUCAAUUCCUUUUCAAUGGGUGAAUGAACCUGAGUCACUUUUGAUUCAUGGAAAAGGAAGAUUCAAUUGCUCUGCAUCUAUAAGCUCAAACCCUGGCUCAUGUAACACGUCAAGCCCUCAAUGCUCUCCCUUUGUGCAAACUGUGAUCCCAGGAAAAACAUACAGACUCAGAAUUGGUAGCUUGACAGCUUUAUCAGCACUCAGUUUCCAAAUAGAGGGCCAUAACAUGACAGUUGUAGAAGCAGAUGGCCACUAUGUUGAUACUUUUGUGGUUCAGAACCUCUUCAUAUACUCUGGUGAGACAUAUUCAGUUCUUGUGAAAGCUGAUCAAGACCCAUCAAGGAAUUAUUGGAUCACCUCAAAUGUUGUUAGCAGAAACAGAACCACACCACCAGGUUUAGCCAUUUUCAACUACUACCCCAACCACCCGAGGCGUUUGCCACCAACUUCUCCACCCCCACCACCUGCUUGGGAUAAUGCCGAGCCGAGAAUAGCUCAAAGCCUUGCAAUCAAAUCUCAUAAAAGUUACAUAAACAAACCCCCUGCAACCUCAGACAGAGUUAUAGUACUCCUCAACACACAAAACACCAUAAACGGUUAUCGCCGUUGGUCUGUGAAUAAUGUCUCAUUCUCACUCCCUCACACUCCUUAUCUUGUUGCACUCAAACAGAACAUAACCGAUGCAUUUGACCAAACACCUCCUCCAGAAAACUAUGAUUUUGUUCAUUAUGACAUUUUCAAUGUGUCAAAGAACACAAAUGCCACUUCCAGCAAUGGCAUUUACAGGCUGAAAUUCAACACAACAGUGGAUGUUGUGCUUCAAAAUGCCAAUACUAUGAAUAAAAACAACAGUGAGACACAUCCAUGGCACCUUCAUGGGCAUGAUUUUUGGGUGCUUGGGUAUGGGAAAGGCAAGUUUGACAUGAACAAGGAUCCAAAAAGUUAUAACUUGAUGAACCCCAUUAUGAAGAACACUGUGCCAGUGCAUCCUUUUGGUUGGACUGCUCUGAGGUUUAAGGCAAAUAAUCCUGGUGUGUGGGCUUUCCAUUGCCAUAUAGAGUCUCAUUUCUAUAUGGGAAUGGGAGUGGUUUUUGAAGAAGGGAUUGAGAGGGUUGGAAAGCUUCCCUUGUCCAUCAUGGGUUGUGGUAAAACCAAAGGUUUACAUUGAACAUACUACUAAUGAAGAAAAAAUAAAAAUAAUAACAAUAUAUGCAUUAGUCUUCCAUAUAGUUUAACUCAAUUAUUUUUUGUUCUAAAUUCUAUCAUCUGUCCAAAUAUACAAACUGUGCCUUCAGGCUUCAUCUUUGUAGGUUGCAAAAUGCAAAUUGUAAUUGUAAUCGUUACUUGAACACAUUGUGUUAUAGCAGUUGAGGAAUUAUUGUA